CGGGGAAGCCUGUCAGCCGAACUGCCCGCCGCACGUUGGAUUUUCUAAUCAUGGCUGCGUCUGAGGCAUGUCUUGCUUAGUGCCUAUUGCCGAACCGAGGUCAGCAGCACUUACUUGAACCCAUCCGUCAAUCUUCAACGUCUAGACUUUGUGACUUCAACCCAUCUCUACUCUCAUCCAUAAUCUCACCGUAGCUCCAUCAUCGCGACUACAUUACUUACUCAUAACCCCCAUACAAGGAACGUAGAAGUCAUUUCGAGUCAUCGCCUGCCCGGUCUGUCCUCAAGAUUACUCGCACCAAACCGCCAUUAGACCCCCCUCAUCGAACCUCAACCACAUCUCAUCUCACCACCACCAUCAUCACCACCAACAUCACCACAACCCUCAAAAAAGAUGGCCUCCCAAACCCCCCUCUUCACAAUCCCCAUCCCCCCAAUCCCCUCCCACCAAGGCGGCACCAUAACCUGCACAACCCCAGCACCGCUCGUCUACCUCCUAACCUGGUCCUCCCCCCCCGACAACCGCCUCACAACCCCCUUCUGCCGCGCCCUCCUCGCCGCCCUCGACAUCAUCGAAUUCUCCCUCCCCGUCGGCGUCCUCAUCACAACCUCCGCCAUCCCAAAAUUCUACUCCAACGGCCUCGACCUCGAACACGCCUUCGCCACCCCGCAAUUCUUCCCAGAAACCUUGUACGCGCUCUUCAAACGCCUUCUAACCUACCCGAUGCCAACCGUCUCUUUGAUUCCAGGCCACGCCUUCGCCGGCGGCUUCAUGACGGCAAUGCACCACGACUACCGCGUAAUGAACCCCCAAAAGGGCUUCCUCUGCAUGAACGAGCUCGAGUUCGGCGCGCCCCUGAAAGCACCAAUGUCGUCCAUCUUCCGUAUCAAAUGCGCCUCCCCCAAACUCUACCAAGACAUUGUCCUCGAAGCGAAACGCUUCCCCGGUCCAGCGGCCCUCGAGGCCGGGCUCGUCGACGCGCUCGGCGGGCUCGAUGAGGCGCUGAAGUUGAUUGCGGAGCGCAAGUUGACGGAGAGGGGCAAGAGCGGGGUGUAUGCAGUGCUCAAGAUGGAGAUGUGGAAGGAGAGCGCGUACGUGCUCAGCAAGGAGAAUUACGAGAGCGAGGAGAAGAUUUGGGAAGAGAGGGAGGAGAGGGAGAAGGCUAGGGUUGCGGCGGGGAAGAAGUUUGUGCAGGAGUGGAAGGCUGGUAAGGCCAAGUUAUAGGAGUUGAGUACAAAGUUGGAAGGCUCUCCGAGUACGAUAGUGACAAAUACUUGCACGAGACUUUAAACGCAUAUAUAACGACACAUCACUCAUGUUCAACCUCGUUUGCUCAAGAGAUCGUGUAUUGUGUUGUUAAUAAUAAAAAACAGACGCUUAUUUUGUGUGUCUUCCCAAUCGGACAGAGGGGGUAUCAUGGACGUCCAUUCAAACACCUGAAAUGCAUCACCGCGCUUCCUCCACCUGUCCGCAAACAGCUACUCUCCUUCCUCACGUCUGCACCUCUUGUUCAGUCGGCAUGGGCUCGCGAACAUCCAAAUCCGGCUCGACUGCCCCGUUCUCCUCUUGUCCGUUGCCGUUGCCGUUGCCGUUGCCGUUGCCGUU